AAUAUUUUUGUUCAGUUCGGCGUAGUUGCGAGACAUGUUAUCCACCACUGUCGGGAAUAUUUCUUCGUAGUCUUAACAUCUAUGCAGUGCCUUUUCCCUAAAACCCUAAACCCCCAAUUUUUUCUCCGUUCCUUUAACAAUACUCGCUCAAAGGCCUUCACUGUCCGAAGCAUGAGUUCCGGGUCACGAAUGUUCCAGCUCAAAGUCGACCCACUUACCGGAAACUCCGAAUGGGUCGUCAUUGAAGAAGAUGAAGCUUCAGGAGAUGCUACAAAGCAGCUUCUUGCCAAUACUUCUUACCUGGACAUGCUUAAUGAUACUCGAAGAAAUAAAGCUUAUAGGGAAGCCAUUGACAAGACCAUAACCAAGCCUUGCCAUGUUCUCGAUAUUGGAGCGGGAACUGGUUUACUAUCUAUGAUGGCAGCCAGAGCAAUGGAUCUUGGAGAUUCGGUGGAGAGCUCAGGCUCUAAGGGGAUGGUUACCGCUUGUGAGUCAUAUCUUCCUAUGGUAAAAUUGAUGCGGAAGGUUUUGCAUGCCAAUGGUAUGCAAAGAAAAAUCCGCAUCAUUAACAAGAGGUCAGAUGAACUAGAAGUUGGUGUGGACAUGCCUUCACGGGCAGAUGUGCUUGUUAGCGAAAUACUUGACUCUGAGCUUUUGGGAGAAGGGUUAAUUCCAACUCUGCAGCAUGCUCAUGACCAGCUACUGGUAGACAAUCCAAAAACAGUGCCUUACCGUGCAACGGUUUAUGGUCAGGUGUUUGACCAUGGCUUCAUAUUUAAGUAUUCUUUUGCAGAUUCCCACUGGGUUCCUUUUGGUUAUAAAGCAGUUAUUUUUCCCCAACUUACCUUCCAGCUGGUAGAAAGCACAGAUUUGUGGAAGCUGCAUGAUUUGUAUAACACUGAGAAAGAAGUACUAGAUGAAAUUUGUCUUGUUCCAGAAGGAAUGGAUUCAGCUUUAUGUGUCAAACGGCAACAAUUUUCCAUGCAUUGUGAUGCAUUGGAAGAAGACAUCAAGCUGCUCUCAGAACCCUUUAAAGUAUUUGAUUUUGACUUCUGGAGAAGGCCGGAUAGUCAUCGUGUAACAAAGCUGAGUGUACAAGCUACUGAUACUGGCGCUGUUCAUGCUGUAAUCUCAUGGUGGUUGCUCCAGCUUGAUGAGAAAGGCACUAUCUUCUACUCCACUGCACCCAAAUGGAUAAGUUGCCCAUCUAGCGUGGAAGGAUUUAAUUCAUCUAUCAGCUGGAGUCAGAAUUGGUGUGACCACUGGAAACAGUGUGUUUGGUUCAUACCAAAGAAAGGUUUGUCUUUAUUGAAGGAUGAAGAAGUUAGUUUGCUGGCGGUUCACACUGAUACUAGCAUCUCAUAUGAAAUGAAGACUUUGUCCCAGAACUUGGAACUUGAACAAAGUGAGGUCAGUGCUCAGAAGUACCAAAUCACUUUGCUGCCAGAAAAAAUUGCAUUAUAUAGUGAUGUCAAUUGGAGAUGCUCAAUGCUGAAAGCUAUAAAAAAUGCAAUGAAGCAGAAAACUCCCUCCUUGUGUGUUGUUGUGGAUGAUAGCAUAUUUCUUGCGGUUGCUCUUGCCCAUCUCGCAAAAGGGUCUCAUGUGCUAUCAUUGUUUCCAGGAUUGCAAGAGAAAGGUGCGCUAUAUUUGCAAGCUGUUGCAACUGCAAAUGGUUAUUCAAAGGAUCAUGUAGAAGUUCAGAAGAUGAGUGAACUGUUGACCUCUCAAAGUAGUCAGGAGAAGCAGAUUGACUUGUUAGUUGGGGAACCUUUUUAUUAUGGUAACAACAGUGUGCUUCCAUGGCAAAAUCUACGGUUCUGGAAGGACCGAAGUUUAUUGGAUUCAAUCCUAUCAGAAGGUGCAGUGAUUAUGCCUUGCAAAGGAUUGUUAAAGGCUUGUGCGAUGUCUCUUCCUGACCUUUGGCAAAGUCAUCAGUGCCUGCAACAUGUUGAAGGCUUUGAUCAUUCAGUUGUCAAUUCCACGUUAGGGGCAUGUGGAGGUUUACCUCCCGGACAAGAAAAUCCUACUUUACCUUUUUCAGUCUGGCAAUGUGGGGAGAGCAAGAAAAUGAGCGACAUAGUUACUAUCAUGGAAUUCAAUUUCCUGAAAACAAUAAGCCCAUGUUCUGGAAAAGCUAAGGUAGAAUUUAUUUCACAUGGAAAAUGUCAUGGAUUUGUUCUUUGGAUCGACUGGGUGAUGGAUGCAGAAGAAUCCAUUGUCUUGUCUACAGGACCAGAACAAAGAUACUGGAAGCAAGGGGUAAAGCUUAUGAAGGAGCCCGUGGCUGUGGGGAGCCAUAGAUCUGCCACCACUGAUUGUCACUCAGCAGAUAUUGAAACGUCUUUCGAUCCAUCAACUGGUGACCUCAUUGUAGAAUAUGCUUUCUUGUAACCAAGCGCAUUAGUUGCCUUGCGCAAUCAGACUUGAAGCUAGUUUAAUCUUCUCAAUGCCAUCCAAGUCCAGAGCUGUAAGUCACCGUACUCCUCACUCUUAAUUGGCAUAAAUAUAUCGGCAAUGAAGAAGGUCUAGCUCAAAUUCCAAGGCCACAGUUUCAAGGAUGUUAAUCAGCACUACUUGCUGCGUAAUACUGCAGUCUACAACUCCUUGAUGGCGAGUUACAGUAAGAUUAUAUCAUCCAGAUGUGACCUUGUGCAGAAGUUUUGCAUCUAGUUAUGUAUUUUAGAUUGGAUAGAGUCAUCAUUCCAUGUGUUUGUACUUGUCGCCAUUUUACAAGUCAUCUUCAUCUCGCUACUUGUAGUAUGUUAAAGAACCACCAGAAGGUAAACAUGAAGUAGAAGCUACUUAAUUAGGGCUGUGUAUCGGCUGGUUCGGUUUGGUUUUGAAGUUUAUCGGGUUGACUUAUUGAUUAUCGGUUCGGCUUAUCAAUUUCGAUUCGCUUUUGAAUAGCCCUAUACUUAAUAUUAAUAAUUUAUGGUAUUCUGUGAA